AGGCGGUGAUCCCAGCGGAGGGGGCCGUUCGCCAGCUCGGAGGCAGAAAGUGCCACGACUCCACACGCGCGCACGCAGCGAGCGAGCGGCCGGAGCGGACGGUGGACGGGGCGGGUGGCGUCGAGGUCGCGGCGUCUGCAGCUGCUUGGGGGCGGCUUCUCGGUGGAGGCUCGGCCAGCUCCUCUCUCCCGGUUCCGCGGCGGCGGCGGCGGCGGCGGCGGCUGCGGUGUCGGCGGCGGCUCCUGCCCUUUCGUUUUUCCUCCCGCGUCUCCCGCUGCAGGUGAAAUAAAAGUGCGCCAGGAUGGAUAUUUACGACACUCAAACCUUGGGAGUUGUGGUCUUUGGUGGAUUCAUGGUUGUUUCUGCCAUUGGCAUCUUCCUGGUGUCUACCUUUUCCAUGAAGGAGACAUCAUACGAGGAAGCCCUAGCCAACCAGCGCAAGGAGAUGGCAAAAACUCACCACCAGAAAAUAGAAAAGAAAAAGAAGGAGAAGACAGUGGAAAAGAAAGGAAAGACCAAGAAAAAGGAAGAAAAACCAAAUGGGAAGAUACCGGAUCAUGAGCCAGCCCUCAACAUGACCGUCCUCAAAGACACUGUGCGGGUUCCUGCAGUGGUUGUGGCUCCAACCCCAGUCCAGCCCUCUGCAGUCAUUGCCCCUGUGGCCACAGUAUCAGCUAUGCCCCAAGAGAAGCUGGCCUCUUCCCCUAAGGACAAAAAGAAGAAGGAGAAAAAAGUGGCCAAGGUGGAACCAGCAGUCAGUUCUGUAGUAAAUUCCAUCCAGGUUCUUGCCUCUAAAGCUGCCAUCUUGGAAACCGCUCCCAAGGAAGUACCUAUGGUAGUUGUGCCCCCAGUGGGUGCCAAGGGUACUCCAGCCACUGGCAUUGCACAGGGUAGAAAGGCAGAGGGGAGCCAGAACCAGGGCAAAAAGGCAGAGGGGGGCCAGAACCAGGGCAAGAAGGCAGAGGGGGCCCAGAACCAGGGCAAGAAGGCAGAGGGGGCCCAGAACCAGGGCAAGAAGGCAGAGGGGGCCCAGAACCAGGGCAAGAAGGCAGAGGGGGGCCAGAACCAGGGCAAGAAGGGAGAGGGGCCCCAGAACCAGGGCAAGAAGGGAGAAGGGGCCCAGAACCAGGGCAAAAAGGCAGAGGGAACGCCCAACCAAGGCAAAAAGGCAGAGGGGGGGUCCCCCAAUCAAGGCAAAAAGGCAGAGGGGGCCCAGAACCAAGGCAAAAAGGCAGACGGGGCCCAGAACCAAGGCAAAAAAGCAGAGGGGGCCCAGAAUCAGGGCAAAAAGACAGAUGGGGCCCAGAACCAAGGCAAAAAGGGAGAGGGGGCCCAGAACCAAGGUAAAAAGGUAGAAGGAGCCCCCAACCAGGGCAAAAAGGCAGAGGGGGGCCAGAACCAGGGCAAAAAAGUGGAGGGAACACCCAACCAGGGCAAAAAAGCAGAGGUAGUCCAGAGCCAGGGCAAAAAGGGAGAAGGAACCCCUAACCAGGGUAAAAAGGCAGAGGGGGCCCAGAACCAGGGCAAGAAGGCAGAGGGGGGCCAGAACCAGGGCAAGAAGGCAGAGGGGGGCCAGAACCAGGGCAAGAAGGCAGAGGGGACCCAGAACCAGGGCAAAAAGGGAGAGGGGGCCCAGAACCAGGGCAAAAAGGGAGAAGGGGUCCAGAAUCAGGGCAAGAAGGCAGAGGGUAGCCCCAACCAGGGCAAAAAGGCAGAGGGGGGCCAGAACCAGGGGAAAAAAGUAGAGGGCACCCAGAACCAGGGGAAAAAAGUAGAGGGCGCCCAGAACCAGGGCAAAAAGGCAGAGGGGGCCCAGAACCAGGGCAAAAAGGCAGAGGGGGCCCAGAACCAGGGGAAAAAAGUAGAGGGGAGCCCCAACCAGGGAAAAAAGGCAGAGGGGGGCCAGAGCCAGGGCAAAAAGGGAGAGGGAACCCCUAACCAGGGCAAAAAGGCAGAGGGGGCCCAGAACCAGGGCAAAAAGGCAGAUUCAGUUGCUAAUCAAGGCACAAAAGCAGAGGUUGUUGCAAACCAAGGGAAAAAAGCAGAGAGGGCCUCCAAUCAAGGCAAAAAGGCAGAGGGAACCCCAAACCAGGGCAAAAAGGAUACAUCUGCCAAUCAGGGUAAGAAGGCAGAAUCAGCUCCUGUCCAGGGCAAAAAUGCAGAUGUGAUCCAGAGCCAGGAGGCACCAAAGCAAGGGGCUUCUGCAAAGAAGAAGUCUGGUUCAAAGAAGAAAGGAGGUGAGCCAGGCCUCCUGGACUCCGACAGCCCUCUCUGCCUCCCCUACCAGACGCUGGUCUCCACGGUGGGAAGCAUGGUGUUCAACGAGGGUGAGGCCCUGCGGCUCAUUGAGAUCCUGUCCGACAAGGCUGGCGUCAUUCAGGACACCUGGCACAAGGCCACUCAGAAGGGAGACCCUGUGGCGAUUCUGAAACGGCAGCUGGAAGAGAAGGAGAAACUACUGGCUACCGAGCAGGAAGAUGCUGCUGUGGCCAAGAGCAAACUGAGGGAGCUCAAUAAGGAACUGGCAGCAGAAAAGGCCAAAGCAGCAGCUGGGGAGGCCAAGGUGAAAAAGCAGCUGGUGGCCCGGGAGCAGGAAAUCACUGCCGUGCAGGCACGUAUGCAGGCCAGCUACGAGGAGCAUAUGAAGGAGGUGCAGCAGCUGCAGGGCAAGAUCCGGACUCUUCAGGAACAGCUGGAGAAUGGCCCCAACACACAGCUGGCUCGUCUACAGCAGGAGAACUCCAUCCUGAGGGACGCCUUGAACCAGGCCACAAGCCAGGUGGAGAGCAAGCAGAACGCAGAGCUGGCCAAGCUCCGGCAGGAGCUCAGCAAGGUCAGCAAGGAGCUGGUGGAGAAGUCAGAGGCAGCCCGGCAGGAGGAGCAGCAGCGGAAGACUGCGGAGGCCAAGGUGUCAGCCUUUGAGAAACAAGUCCUGCAGCUGCAGGUAUCUCACAAGGAGAACGAGGAAGCCUUGCAGAAGCGCCUGGAUGAGGUCAGCCGGGAGCUCUGCCGCUCACAGACCAGCCAUGCCAGCCUCCGGGCAGAUGCUGAGAAGGCUCAGGAGCAGCAGCAGCAGAUGGCCGAGCUGCACAGCAAACUGCAGUCCUCCGAGGCUGAGGUGAAGAACAAGUGCCAGGAGCUAAGUGGUCUCCAUGGACAGCUCCAGGAGGCCAGGGCGGAGAACUCACAGCUCACAGAAAGAAUCCGGUCUAUUGAGACCCUGUUGGAGGCAGGCCAAGCCCGGGAUGCCCAGGCCAGCCAAGCGGAGACUGACCAGCAGCAGGCUCGUCUCAAGGAGCUGGAGUCUCAGGUGAAAUGUUUGGAGAAGGAGGCCACUGAGCUCAAGGAGACAGUGGAGCAGCAGAAAGUGAAGAACAACGACCUUCGAGAGAAGAACUGGAAGGCGAUGGAAGCUCUGGCCUCAGCAGAGAGAGCCUGUGAGGAGAAGCUGCGCUCCCUGACCCAGGCCAAGGAGGAAUCAGAAAAGCAGCGCAGUCAGACUGAGGCCCAGACUAAGGAGGCCCUGUUGUCUCUCUUCCCUGAACUCUGCGACUCAGCACAGCAGAAUUACACCAAGUGGCUGCAGGAACUCAAAGAAAAAGGUGCCAAGCUGCUGACGCAGUCACCGACUCACACAGAGCCCUCCUCGGAUCUGGCUUCCAAACUGAGGGAGGCUGAGGAGACCCAGAGUACCCUGCAGGCUGAGUGUGACAAGUACCGCACCAUCCUGGCACAUACGGAGGGCAUGUUGCAAGACUUGCAGAAGAGUGUGGAGGAAGAGGAGCAGGGGUGGAAGAUCAAGCUGAACACCAAAGAGGAAGAGCUGCAAAAGUCACUGUUCAAAGUGAAGCAUCUUGAAGAGACCUUAGAGAAACAAAGAGGAGAACUGGAAAGUUCAGACCAGUUGAGGCAACUUUUAUUAGAGUCUCAAUCUCAGUUGGAUGCAGCCAAAAAUGAAGCCCAGAAAAAAAGCAAUGAGCUUGCCCUGGUCAGGCAGCAAUUGAGUGAGAUGAAGAGCCACGUAGAGGAUGGUGACGUAGCUGGGUCCCUGGCUGCGCCCACAGAGGCCCCCUCAGCUGAGCAGGACCCCAUCGAGCUAAAAACACAGCUGAAGCGGACAGAAGCCGUCCUGGAGGACGAGCAGACCCGGCGGCAGAAGCUCUCAGUCCAGUUUGAGGAGGCUCAGAACUCAGCGUGUCGACUACAAGAAGAGUUGGAAAAGCUCCGCAGCGGCAGCCCACUCACGUCAUCAGAAGCAGAGGCCUUGCAGCUGAAGGAGAGACUAGAAAAAGAGAAGAAGUUAACCAGUGAUCUGGGACGCGCUGCCACCAAACUGCAGGAACUUCUGAAGACAACCCAGGAGCAGCUCACAAAGGAGAAAGACACAGUGAGAAAGCUGCAGGAGCAGCUGGACAAAACAGAGGACAGUAGCAACUCAAAGGAGGGCACCUCGGUCUGAAACUCCUCUGUGUGGGAAAAGAAGUUACUGUUCAACUUACCAAAAUGCCUUACACAUUCCUUACAAAUAAAUAAACCGACCAACACAGCGUUAUCCAGGCCCAACUUCCGGUAGCUCUGAAAGAAGCCAUUAGAGACAGGAGUCUCUUAGAACCACAGAAAUAGAUCUUACAGAACCCCGUUGGUAAAAGAACCUUUGUCACAUUGGAUAAACACUAUUCCCCAGGACCAGCCCUGGACUACCGCCAGCAGACGCCAAAGCCCUUAUCAGCUCUGUGACAGACCCCAGGGUGUGUGCUGGGGAGGCCGGGACCUCUGGGUAUCUCUGUGUCAAUCAGUGCAAUUGUUUUGUCUUUCAGUGGGGCGAGGGUCAGGAGGUGGGCAGACCGGGUGGUGAGUCUUGGGGGCUGUGCCGCAGACUGAGAGAACCAGCCCAGCGAGGCAGCAGCCCUUCACCCCUGGAAGAAGUUGCCAAUCACAACUGAUGUGUGACCUCCUGGAUGUUAAUGCCAUUAAAACCAACAUUGUCGC